AUGGAUGGUAAAUCGAUUUUCCUGCUCCUCGUAAUCUCAGUCUUACAAAUCAAGGGAGCCGUCUACCUUACUGAUGAUGUCUACGUUUCGGAGCUGUUCUCAUUGCGGGUGGAACCGCGGAUGUUCAACUGGACCUUCCAGGGAUUGACGGAACAGUUUCAGUAUCGACCUUCACUGGAAGGCUACCCGGAUUUACCCGCUUGGGUACAGUACAUGUAUAGUACCGAGUACCAUUCAGGAUUCCUAUACGGUACGCCACCAGAGCGGACCGCGGACAGUAAGGUACCGAUUGAAAUUAUUGCUCUGAACAAGCAAACUUAUGAAACCAAAAGGAUCGUGUUGAUUCUGACCGUGCACCGAAAACCGCCACCGCGGAAUGUGAUUCAAAUGAAAAUCGAUAACCUUAACUGGGUGCAUAUGAUGGAUCCGGGACGAAUAGAAAAUCUGAAAAACAUUUUUCGCAACGAUCUAUGGCAGGAGAGCCGCGCCGACCUGCACAUAAUAUUUAUGGAUUCGGCCAUUAAGUUGGGUGCUAGGCUUCCAUUAAAGCCGCAACAGCGGGAGGGAGUCGUAGUUCAUUUGGGAAGUAAGGCCGAUUUUUCUGCUAGGCUACUGGAUCUGCAGGAAGAGGUGAAACCAUUGUAUAAAAUCGCCUCGUGCAACUACAAGCGGACCUCGGUGCAGACUACUUUCGAAAAUUCUGGAUUCAAACUGGAUUGGUGUGCUUUUAAAUUGCGGGCAGCUGACGACGAUAUAACUGCGAUGCCACACCAUCCGCACGAAAGCUUCAAACCGGCUAAGGGAUCAGAGCUUAAAACUCUGCACCGUUCGGACAAAUGGGAUGCACCUAUGAAAUCGGAGGUCCCCGAAAGGAACUACAGCGAUGAGUUUGCGGUUUCGUUCGCCAUACCGGGAAUGAUUUUCGUUCUGCUGCUGUCCAUCCUGACGGUGAUCCUUUGCUUCCAACACGAGAAACUGCAAGAUGACGAUUCUGAAUAUUAUUUCGAUUUUCUGUUUAACAUUUGUACAGAUUUCUUCAGGUUGAAAAAAUCUUACAGGCAGGAGUAUCGCCCGGUUCAGGCAGUUCAGAUGGUUCAAUAUUCACAGCCGAAAGCCGGCUUGGAUGCUCAGCGAACGGGCACACUAAAAAGUCUUAAGGACGUUCCGUAUGAAGAAGGUUUAAGUCUACGUUCUGCCAGCCCAGCGGAUAGCUUUUAUCCCGAUGGAAGCCCACGGAUUGGAAAUUCUUAUCUCCGACCCAAACCACCACCCUACAAGCCUACUUCUGGCUCAACCAGUUCUACUAUGCAACGAAAGGUCGGCCCCGGAGUGGAUAUAUGA